GAAGCCCUGCAGUUUUCUUUUAAAGAGUGGUUUGUAACUGGUGCUUGUAUCAUAAGCCUCUGGGGGGUUCAUUAUAACAGAGUGCUGGUUCCCAACUCCAGAAUGUCAAAUUCAUUAGGUCCAGAGAGGACCCGAGACUUUGUAUUUCUGCCCUGUUUACAGGUGAUGCUGCUGCUGCUGCUGCUGGUCUGGGGUCCACACUUUGAGAAUCACUGCUUGCCUGAUACCACAAAGUAAUAAAACUCUGCCCCUGGAGUAUUGUCCUAACCUCCUCAUGGGAGCCUUUGAUUCAAGAUAUAGCCAGAGUCCCUAGAAGGACAGGAAGCUGGGACUUUGCUGAGUUUACAAACAGGUUUAGGAUUAGCAGGAAUUGAACCUGCUUGGUACUAAAUGUCUGUUUAAUAAAUGACAAGUAUGUUGGAGAGGGAAGAAAACCCUACAGCUAAUGGUGCAGUUAAUGGCAUAAGACUGGAUACUUUCCCCUUAACACCUAGAAUGAGACACGUAUCUACUCUCACUACUGCUCUUUUACAUUGUACUGAAGAUUCUAGUCAAUGCAUAAAAGCAAGAAGAAAUAAAAGGCAUCUGGAUUGGAAAGAAAUACACCUGUCUUUAUUUGCAGAAACAUGAUUAUCUAGUAGAAAACCCAGUGGAAUCUAUAAAAAAGGUAAUAAAAUUGUUAUUUUAGUAUGGUUGGAGGAUACAAGAUCAAUGUACAAAAAUCAAUUGUACUUUGGGACUUCCCUGGCAGUUCAGUGGUUAAGACUUGGAGCUCCCAUUGCAGAGGAACUAAGAUCCCACAUGCUGCAUGACACAGCCAAAAAAAGAAUGUGGCGAACUGAUUUUCAAAAAUUAUUUAUUUGGCUGCAUUGGGCCUUAGUUGUGGCAUGUGGAUUGAACCCAGACCCCCUGCAUUGGGAGUGUGGAGUAUUAGCCACUGGACCACUAGUGAAGUCCUGGAUAACUGAUUUCUUUGAAAAGGCACAAAGCCAUGCAGUGGAAGAAGGACAGUCUUUUCAACAAAUGGUGCUAGAACAGUUGGAUAUUCAUACCCAAAGGAAGGAGCCUGGAUUCAUACCUCCUACUAUAUACAAUGUGUUAGUUGCUCAGUUGUGUCUGACUCCUUGAGACCCCAUGGAGUGUAGCCCACCAGGCUCCUCUGUCCAUGGGGAUUCUCCAGGCAAGAAUAUUGGAGUGGGUGGUCAUUCCCUUCUCCAGGGGAUCUUCCCAACCCAGGGAUCAAACCUGGGUCUCUUGCACUGCAAAAAGUAAUUCAAAAUGGACUAAAGACCUAAAUAUAUUAUCUGAAACUAUAAAACUUGUAGAAAACCUUUGUGAUCUUGGAUUAGGCGAAGAUUUCUUAGAUAAGACAUCAAAAGGACAAUCCAAAAAGAACAAAUUGAUAAAUUUGACUACAUCAACAUUGAACAUUUCUGCUUUUCAAAAGCCAUUGCUAACUUUCUGCCUCACCAGCCAUUGCAGAGCAGUGGCUGUGGCUCUGCUCCUCCCCAUGGCCAUGGGCCUCAACAAGGGCCAAAAGAUGACCAAGAACGUGAGCAAACUGAGGCACAGCCACCUCCUCGGGCGCCUUACCAAGCACACCAAGUUCAUGCGGGACAUGAUCCGGGAGGUGUGCAGCUUCACCCCUUAUGAGCGGUCGCCCAUGGAGCUGCUCAAAGUCUCCAAGGACAAGCAGGCCCUCAAGUUCAUCAAGAAAAGGGUGGGGACAUACAUCUGUGCCAAGAGGAAGAGAAAGGGGCUGAGCAAUGUCCUGGCCACCAUGAGGAAAGUAGCAGCCAAGAAGGACUGAGCCCUUCCCCUCUGUGCACAAUAAACCUUUUCAGAAAAAAAAAAAGACAUUGUUAAGAGAAUGAACAGACAAGCCACAGACUGCCAAGAAAAAUACUUGCAAAGCAUAUAUCUGAUAAAGUGUCUGUAUCCAGAAGAUUGGGAAAUAAGAACUGCUUUUUGAAAGGUCUAUUAAUAAGAUAUGGCAAAAGGGGUGGUGUAUGAGGAAACCAGAAUUGAAAGAGACAUGUGUACCCCAAUGUUCAUCGCAGCACUGUUUAUAAUAGCCAGGACAUGGAACCAACUGAGAUGUCCAUAAGCAGACAAAUGGAUAAGAAAGCUGUGGUACACAUACACAAUGGAAUAUUACUCAGCCAUUAAAAAGAAUACAUUUGAAUCAGUUCUAAUGAGGUGGAUGAAACUGGAGCCUAUUAUACAGAGUGAAGUAAGCCAGAAAGAAAAACACCAAUAUAGUAUACUAACACGUAUAUAUGGAAUUUAGAAAGAUGGUAAUGAUAACCCUAUAUGUGAGACAGUAAAAGAGACACAGAUGUACAGAACAGUCUUCUGGACUCUGUGGGAGAAGGAGAGGGUAGGAUGAUCUGCGAUAAUAGCAUUUAAACGUGUAUAUUAUCAUGUAUGAAACAGAUCGUCAGUCCAGGUUUGAUGCAUGAGACAGGAUGCUCAGGGCUGGUGCACUGGGAUGACCCAGAGGGAUGGGAUGGGGAGGGAGGUGGGAGGGGGGUUCAGGAUGGGGAACACAUGCACACCCAUGGCUGAUUCAUGUCAAUGUAUGGCAAAAACCACUACAAUAUUGUAAAGUAAUUCAGUUCAGUUCAGUCGCUCAGUCGUGUCCCUUUUGCAACCCCAUGAAUCACAGCACGCCAGGCCUCCCUGUCCAUCACCAACUCCCGGAGUUUACUCAAACUCAAGUUCAUCAAGUUG